UGCUGCCUUGCCUACGUGCACAUGUGUUGAGGGGGAGGCUCUGGGCAGCCAGAGCUCACAGAUGGAGGGGCGAGAAACGGCUGCAGGACACGGCCCCACCUCUGUCUGCCUACCCCCGGGUCCUGGGAGUCUCCCUUCCACAGCCCGCUGGGUCUUUGUGUGUGUAUGUGUGUGUGUGUGUGUGACUCAGUAUGCUUCUGCACGUGUGUGUCUCCGCACGCGUGACCGUAUGCGCCUGUGGCCACAUCAGCAUGUGUCUCUUUGCCUCCAGCGUGGGUGACCAGGUUUUACCUGUCGUGUGCCCAGACGGGCUGUGACCAGGCUUUACCCAGAUCUUCGGCAGAGGCACUGAGGGCGUGUGCAGAGGAGCAAAUUCAACACGCCCAGCCUAGGGUGUGAGGCCAAAGCCCCCCCACCCCACCCCUGCCACUAUUGCCCCUCCCCCCAUGCUGGAGCCACAGUGCCGGGCAGUGAAGGCCCAUUUCCAACCUCGAGGUCAACACGGUGACAAACAAACUAGACCCUUCCUCUGUGCUUUCUAGUCGCUGUCCUCGAGCCCAAUGGGGUGCAGGUAUGUGCCCACACUGAGGCUGACCCGGGGCGACCUCAGGAAGGCCCUGCCCUCGGGCCUGAGUCCCAGCACAGUAGGAGCCUUAUUGGUAAGAUGUUCUGUGGUGUGUCACCUGCCUCAGGUGGGGGGCGGGGGGCACUGAGGUAGGGGUGCUGGUGUCCCACUCUCGCUGUGGUAAGGAGGACGUCGGGCCGGGGCUUGGAGAGGCGGGGCCGUACUGCCUGGUGCCCAUCCCUGUCCUUGUCUGUAGAAUGGGGACAAGUGGGUCAUCCUUAUAGAGCGUGCGGGGGUGAAACAGGGGUGGGCCGGAGGUUGGGGCAGGCGCAAGGGCUGGCCACUUCUCUUCUCUAAGCGGGUCGAGGGAGGGAGAAGCAAGCUCCAGAGGACGAACCGAGCCGGGGGGUGGUCUGCACCCUACCACCGGGCAGAGGGCUGCUCGCAAGCCCUGGUUGCUGGGUGUAGGACGGCAGAACAGCCUGGAUCUGGGUCCCCGCGCAGCCAGCCGUCGGUGGAACGACCUUGGGCGUGACAGUCCGCCUCUGUGUGCCUCAGCCUUCUCACCCGUCACUUGGGCCAGCAAGCGGGUCCGCCUUGUGGGUAGUCGGGGGCGCUUCCAGGUCAAGGUCCCCAUGGGGUUCUGAUGCCGGCGCUUUUGCCUUCAAAAUACGCAAAACAUCAACCCCCACACACCACCCCAGUCAGUGGUUCCCACAGAUGACGUCCUCCCAGCACCCUCGCAUUGCUGCUGGACCUCUUUUCUACCUGUUUGCAGAUAAGGAAACAAAGGCACACAGAGGUCACAGGGGAGUUGGAAAGGGUGAUGGGCAGCUGGGGAGCAGGAGGUGAGAGCCCCGCAGAAGGUGGAGGUGGCCAGCAACCCGCUUCCCCAGCUGCUCUGCCGCUCAGCAGCAGGGAGCCUGCCUCAGUUUCUCUAUGUGGAGAUUCACAGCCAGCUGGGGGUCCUGCAGUUGGGACGGGCCCUCUCCUGCGGUCACGGAUGAAAGGGAGCCAGCUGCUGGCCUGGGUGCUGUGGCUGCAGGCGUGGCGGGUGGCAGCACCAUGCCCAGGCGCCUGCGUCUGCUACAAUGAGCCCAAGGUGACGACGAGCUGUCCGCAGCAGGGCCUCCAGGCCGUGCCCACUGACAUCCCAGCCUCCAGCCAGCGCGUCUUCCUGCACGGCAACCGCAUCGUGCACGUGCCGGCCGCCGGCUUCCGGGCCUGCCGCAACCUCACCAUCCUGUGGCUGCAUUCGAACGCGCUGGCCCGCAUCGACGCUGCUGCCUUCACCGGCCUGGCCCUCCUCGAGCAGCUGGACCUCAGCGACAAUGCGCAGCUGCGUGCCGUGGACCCCGCCACGUUCCGGGGUCUGAGCCGCCUGCACACGCUGCACCUGGACCGCUGCGGCCUGCGGGAGCUGGGCCCGGGCCUGUUCCGAGGCCUGGCCGCCCUGCAGUACCUCUACCUACAGGACAACGGGCUGCAGGCGCUGCCCGACGAUGCCUUCCGCGACCUGGGCAACCUCACGCACCUCUUCCUGCACGGCAACCGCAUCCCCAGCGUGCCCGAGCGCGCCUUCCGCGGCCUGCACAGCCUCGACCGCCUCCUUCUGCACCAGAACCGCGUGGCCCGUGUGCACCCGCAUGCCUUCCGUGACCUCGGCCGCCUCAUGACGCUCUACCUGUUCGCCAACAACCUGUCGGCGCUGCCUGCGGAGGUGCUGGCGCCCCUGCGUGCCCUGCAGUACCUGCGGCUCAACGACAACCCCUGGGUGUGCGACUGCCGGGCUCGGCCGCUCUGGGCCUGGCUGCGGCAGUUCCGCGGCUCCUCCUCCGAGCUGCCCUGCAGCCUGCCCCCGCGCCUGGCCGGCCGCGACCUCAAGCGCCUGGCGGCCACCGACCUGGAGGGCUGCGCCGCGGCCGCCGGGCCCUCGCGUCCCAUCCGGACGGGCGGGCCGGCCGACGACGAGAGCCCGGGCCUCCCCAAGUGCUGCCAGCCGGACGCCGCAGACAAGGCCUCGGUGCUGGAGGCCGGGAGGCCGGCCUCGGCCGGAAAUGCGCUCAAGGGACGCGCGCCGCCCGGCGACAGCCCCCCGGGCAACGGCUCUGGCCCCCGGCACAUCAACGACUCCCCCUUCGGGACCCUGCCGGGCUCGGCGGAGCCCCCGCUGACCGGGCUGCGGCCCGAGGGCUCCGAGCCCCCGGGGCCGCCCCCCACCGGCCCCCGCCGGAAGCCCGGCUGCUCCCGCAAGAACCGCACCCGCAGCCACUGCCGCCUGGGCCAGGCGAGCGGGGCGGGCGGCGGGGCGGGCGACGCCGAGGGCUCGGGCACCCUGCCCCGCCUGGCCCGCGGCCUGGCCCCGCUGGGCCUGGCGCUGCUGCUCUGGACGGUGCUCGGGCCCUGCUGACCCCGCCGCGGCCACGCGUGUACAUAGGGGCCCCCCGACGGGCGCCGCCCGCCCGCCCCGUCUCCACCCCGUCAUGUUUACAGGGUGCGGCGGCGUUUGUUCCAGAACGCCGCCUCCCACCCGGAUCGCGGUAUAUAGAGAUAUGCAUUUUAUUUUACUUGUGUAAAAAUAUCGGACGACGUGGAAUAAAGAGAUCUUUUCGUAA